AUAAACAACACGGAAAUUUUCGAGUACCAUCGAAUCUUCCCGAAAGUAAUUAACACCAAUUUAAGAAACUUGGCCCUUGACUCUAUCAAUCAAUUCUUUGGAUUCUCAGGUAUAUAAGCAAUGGUGAGGGGUCUUGGGGAAUCAACAAGCAUGCCUCCCCCAAGUCAAUCUUGCUCUAGUAGUAGUAAUGCUAAUGAUGCUGGUGAUUUCGAAUGCAAUAUCUUCUUUGAAUUGGCUCAAGAUCCAAUCGUCACACUUUGUGGUCAUCUAUUCUGCUGGCCAUGUCUAUACUGGUGGUUGCACCAUCACUCUAAUUGUCAAGAAUGCCUGGUUUGCAAGGCCCUCGUACAAGAGGAAAAACUUGUUCCCCUUUAUGGCAGAGGCAAAAACCAGACUGAUCUGCGCUCUAAAUCGUAUCCGGGUAUGAAAAUCCCUAACCGGCCAGCAGGACAAAGACCAGCAACUGCUCCUCCUCCACCCCGGGAAACAAACCAGUUUGUGAAUUACGGGAUUGGACUAAUGGGCGGUUUUGUUCCAAUGGCAACUGCAAGAAUCAGCAACUUCAUAAUGGGUUUUGGAGACUUAUUGCCAUCCUUGUUCAAUAUUCGGUUUCAUGGAUAUCCAGAUCCUGCUGUGUAUAGAACACCUUCAGGAUUUCCUUGUGGAUUCCAUACGUUUCAUAGUGGUCAUGCUCAUGGGUUUCCCCCACCGACGACUCGGUGGCAGCAGGCAGAUAAUGUAUUGAAGAAUAUUCUUUUGUUGAUUGGUUUCUUUGUCGUGUUUGCUCUGCUUUAUUGGUGAAAAUAGUUUCAAGCCUUCGGCCAGUGGUGGUUAUUUAGUGUCUGUAAAUACACCAACAGUACUGUAGAUUACAUUUUUGGCUUCAAGAACAACUCACACCAGUGUCAAAUCAUAUUUUUCAAAAAAAAAAAAAUAGUUUAAGUUUUCGGCCAGUGAUGAUCGUAUGUUCGGCUGUACCAUUGCCCUCUCAACUAGCAGUGGAGACUGGAGCUUGAAAAUCUUGUUCUUGUUCUUCAUCUUCAGGAGGAUGUUCCGGUUGGAAUACUAACGUGUUUCCAGUAUCUUGUCCGGUAACAGUGGAAAACUGUUUUGAUGUUGGUACUCUUCAAGGUUUACAAUGCGUUUGCAAUUACCAUAU